GCCCCUUUGGUCAUGUGACGGCCAGGGGCCCCUCCGGGGCGGAAGCCGGGUCCGAGCGGCAGAAGAUCCGGGGCUGGGGAAAAAAGGGGACCCUUGCGAAGACUGAAGGGUGAGAACGGGGCGCCCACUCUGCGCGUGAUCGCCGGCCCUGCGCGUGCACCCUGGCGUGGCCCGGGUGACAGGUUCUUUAAUGGAGCAUCCACUCUAUCAACAGACCUGGUUUCCUUUAAUGAUUCACAGACCCCAGCUCUGAAGCCAAUUAAACGUCACCUACCUCUGGCUGGGCCCGGAGUGGCUGGCUAUCCUCAUGAUGGUGGACUUUUUAGCUGAGAACAACCUGUGUGGCCAAGCUAUCCUAAGGAUUGUUUCUUGUGGCAAUGCCAUUAUUGCUGAGCUGUUGAGGCUCUCCGAGUUUAUUCCUGCUGUAUUCAGGUUGAAAGACCGAGCUGAUCAACAGAAAUAUGGCGAUAUCAUAUUUGAUUUCAGCUAUUUUAAGGGUCCAGAAUUAUGGGAAAGCAAACUGGAAGCUAAGCCAGAGCUACAGGAUUUAGACGAAGAAUUUCGUGAAAACAACAUAGAAAUUGUGACCAGAUUUUAUUUAGCAUUUCAAAGUGUGCAUAAAUAUAUUGUAGACUUAAACAGAUAUCUAGAUGAUCUCAAUGAAGGUAUUUAUAUUCAGCAAACCUUAGAAACUGUGCUUCUCAAUGAAGAUGGAAAACAGCUUCUGUGUGAAGCGCUGUACUUAUACGGAGUUAUGCUGCUGGUCAUCGACCAAAAGAUGGAAGGAGAAGUCAGAGAGAGAAUGCUGGUUUCUUACUAUCGAUACAGAUGUUGUAACAGCUCCCUCCUCCGGGUGAUCCAGGUCUCGGCGUAUCCUUUGCCUGAGCAUCGCAGCACGGCCAUGCUGUAUGUGAUUCUCUACUUUGAACCUUCCAUCCUUCACACCCAUCAAGCAAAAGUGAGGGAGAUAGUGGAUAAAUACUUUCCAGAUAAUUGGGUAAUUAGUAUUUACAUGGGGAUCACAGUGAAUCUAGCAGAUGCUUGGGAACCUUACAAAGCUGCAAAAACUGCUUUAAACAAUACUCUAGACCUUUCAAAUGUCAGAGAACAGGCAAGCAGAUAUGCAACUGUCAGUGAAAGAGUACAUGCUCAAGUGCAACAAUUUCUGAAAGGUUAUUUGAGGGAGGAGAUGGUUCUGGACAAUAUCCCAAGGCUUCUGAACUGCCUGAGAGACUGCAACGUGGCCAUCCAGUGGCUAAUGCUGCAUACAGCUGACUCAGCCUGUAACCCAAACAAUAAACAUCUUCGUCAAAUCAAGGACCAGAUUCUAGACUCUAGGUACAAUCCCAAGAUCCUCUUUUAGUUGCUGUUGGAUACUGCACAAUUUGAGUUUAUACUUAAGGAGAUGUUCAAGCAAAUGCUCUCAGAAAAGCAAGCCAAAUGGGAGCAUUACAAGAAGGAGGGCUCAGAGCGGAUGAUGGAGCUUGCUGAUGUCUUUUCAGGAGUGAAACCCCUAACCAGGGUGGAGAAAAAUGAAAAUCUUCAAGCUUGGUUCAGAGAGAUCUCAAAACAAAUACUGUCUUUAAAUUACGAUGAUUCUACUGCUGCAGGCAGAAAAACUGUGCAACUGAUAGAAGCUUUGGAGGAGGUUCAAGAAUUUCACCAGUUGGAAUCAAAUCUGCAAGUAUGUCAGUUCCUUGCUGAUCCUCGCAAGUUUCCCCACCAAAUGAUUUGAACCAUUAACAUUAAAGAGGAGGUCCUCAUCACAAUGCAGAUUGUUGGGGACCUUUCUUUUGCUUGGCAAUUAAUUGACAGUUUCACAUCUAUCACGCAAGAGAGUGUAAGGGUAAACCCAUCCAUGGUUACUAAACUCAGAGCUGCAUUCCCAAAGCUUGCCUCUGCCCUUGAUCUUCCCCUUCUUCGUAUUAAUCAAGCAAAUAGCCCUGACCUCCUCAGUGUGUCGCAGUAUUAUUCUGGAGAACUGGUGACCUAUGUGAGAAAGGUUUUGCAGAUCAUUCCAGAAAGCAUGUUUACUUCUCUUCUAAAGAUCAUAAAGCUUCAGACUCAUGAUAUCAUUGAAGUGCCGACCCGCCUGGACAAAGACAAGCUAAGGGACUAUGCUCAGCUUGGCCCACGAUACGAAGUGGCGUUUGCCAAACUUACUCAUGCUAUUUCCAUUUUCACUGAAGGCAUCUUAAUGAUGAAAACGACUUUGUUGGGCAUCAUCAAGGUGGAUCCAAAGCAGUUGCUAGAAGAUGGAAUAAGGAAGGAGCUAGUUAAAUGUGGUUUUGCUCUUCAUAGGGGCUUGAUAUUCAACCCUCGAGCCAAGCCAAGUGAAUUGAUGCCCAAGCUGAAAGAGUUGGGAGCUACCAUGGAUGGAUUCCAUCGUUCUUUUGAAUACAUACAGGACUAUGUUAACAUCUAUGGUCUGAAAAUCUGGCAGGAAGAAGUAUCUCGUAUUAUAAAUUAUAAUGUGGAACAAGAGUGUAAUAACUUCUUAAGAACAAAGAUUCAAGACUGGCAAAGUGUGUACCAGUCCACUCACAUUCCGAUAUCAAAGUUUACACCUGUGGAUGAGUCUGUCACAUUUAUUGGUUGGCUCUGCAGAGAAAUCUUGCAGAUCACAGACCCAAAAAUGACAUGUCACAUUGACCAGCUGAACACUUGGUAUGAUAUGAAAACUCAUCAAGAAGUGACCAGCAGCUGCCUCUUCUCAGAAAUCCAGACCACGCUGGGGACUUUCAGUCUGAAUGGAUUAGAGAGGCUUCUGUGCUUUAUGAUUGUCAAAGAAUUACAGAAUUUCCUCAGUAUGUUUCAGAAAAUCAUCCUAAGAGACAGAACUGUGCAGGAUACUUUAAAAGCCCUCAUGACUGCUGUCAUCCCCCUAAAAAGCAUUGUAGCAAAUUCAAAUAAAAUUUAUUUUUCUGCCAUUGCCAAAACACAGAAGAUCUGGACAUCUUAUCUUGAGGCUAUAAUGAAGACUGGAAUGGUCUGCCGGAAGCCUGCCGACCCCGUGGAUUGGCCGCCGCUUGUUCUGGGACUGCUCACCCUGCUGAAGCAGUUUCAUUCCCGGUACACAGAACAGUUCCUGGCGCUGAUCGGCCAGUUUAUCCGCUCCACAGUGGAGCAGUGUACAAGGUACAGACGGCCAACCAGGAGUAAAUGGAUGGGCUGUAAACCUUGCAUGCCAGGUUUCUCUUACCAUCUUGCUAGUGGAUGUGGUUGGCUGCUUACUCUGUAAGGCAAGUCAGGGCACAUCUCCUUGUCUGGAGCAAUUAAAGGUGUGCCAUCCUUAGUCACCCGUGGGAGGAGCCUCUAGAGUAGAUUUCGGAGAAUGAGUCCUGACCAUGAUUAGCGAGCUCCGCAGGGCAGAAGGCGCAGGCUUGUUCCUCUGCCGUCCUGGAUGCCGCGUUCAGACCUCUGAGCCCGUGGGCUCCGGCUGCGCCACUGCCAAGGGAGGGCGCCGCACGCUUCCGUGGGAGUCCGGGAGCGCGUCAGUGUCAGACUGGGCACAGCCCCAGUUCUGGUGUGUAAUGUAACAAAUCACACAGAGGUUUCCACAUGAUACAAAGCUUGUAAGCCUUUAAUUCUCCCCUCCUCCUCACCAUGUGGCUUUUCUGGGACAGAAAAAAAAAUGUAUUUACAUGAGGCGAUGGGUCCUGAGCCUCCUUCUCUUUUACCCUGAAGGGUUAACCCAGCUAAGUAGAUUUUCCUGUUGUGUUACAUAUUCAAAAUGUGGAAGAUUACCACUUGGUCAUUUUUGUCAAUAUAACUUAAAGACACUGCUAAUCAGACAUGACUUCAG